AUGAAACAUAAGCUGUAUAUCUAUUUUUCUCUUUUUCUUUUUAAAUGGUAUAUUUUUCGUAUAAAUGGAAAACUAAUAAAGUCUGAAAAUAAUGAAAGUAUAAAAUCUAACUUAAGAAAUGGUUCUGUAAAAUUUUGGAAUCCAUCAAAUGAAGAUAAUUACGGAAACAAAAGUGAAUUUUUCCAUAAUCUAAGUACGAACCAUAAAAAUAAUCACAGCGAUUUUAAUAAGGAUAAUGAUGAAUCAGUUUAUAACGCAAAAAAUAUUUCUCGAAACAGAUUCAAUAAUGUUUUAAGAAAUCUUGGUGCAUCAAGGGAUAUACAUCUUCAACAAAAGAAUUUACAUGAGAAAGGAAAAUUAAUUGAACAUAUGACGAAUGAUGAUGAAGAUAAAGAAAAAUAUAUUAAGGGGGAAGAAGAAGAGGGACAAGAAGAAGAUCAAAAAGAAGCUACGGAAAGCGAAGAAGCACAAAAAAGAGCUCUAGAGGAACAACGAGUAGCCAAAGAAAAGGAGGAAGCACAACAAAGAGCUCUUGAGGAACAGAGGGUAGCAAAAGAAAAGGAAGAAGCACAGAAAAGAGCUCUUGAGGAACAACGAGUAGCCAAAGAAAAGGAAGAAGCACAGAAAAGAGCUCUUGAGGAACAACGAGUAGCCAAAGAAAAGGAAGAAGCACAGAAAAGAGCUCUUGAGGAACAACGAGUAGCCAAAGAAAAGGAGGAAGCACAACAAAGAGCUCUUGAGGAACAGAGGGUAGCAAAAGAAAA